GCCCCUUCUGUCUGUCAUGGACAAGUGCUGAGGUUGUACCACUGCACUCCUGAAAGCAGAGCAGAUUUAGAGGCAAGCCACAGUUGUGGAUUUGUACCUUUUGGGCUUUAGCACUGCUUGGGGUGCUGACUUGGCGACCAGCAGCUGACACACGGCUCUGGGAAUGGCCUCUCCCACAGGGAUGCUGCUGGAAAUCUGGUUUGCCAAGCGUUGAUGCUUCCCACUUAAAAGAGGGUAGUGGCCUGGGAUGAGCGUUUCUCCUGCAUGCUGUCUUUCUGCUAGAAGUACCCUAUGAAUUCCAGUAAAACUGGGUAAGUUUGGGGUAAACUAUAGCUCAGGGUGGGAGGUUGUGUAUGUGACUGAAAAAAAUCCUCCAGUGCUGCCACAGAACAACUCUGCUCUGCCCAGCAUGGUGCAGGACAGGAUGCUGUUUGAAUGCACCAGGCUCUGGGCAGUGAGGAGGAGUCAUCGCCAUAGAAUUCACCCUCACGUAAGGUAAUGCUUAAGGUUCUCUCAAAGCCACUUUUAUAUGACAACAAAAAUUAUAAUGGGGUGCUUUAAAUACAGAGACAGCCUUGAAAAGCAUGAAAACAUUGGCUUAGGAAUCCUGAACUGGUACGAUUGUGGCAGCCUUCCUUCUAUCACGGGCUGUGCAGCCUCUUGUGGCGUGAAGUAUUCUUGUGUUUGUUACACUUCUAAACAAAGAAAUACGGGAACAGGCAGCAGAAAAGGAGGGUGACACUUCUGGCUGUGGUUAAUUGCUGCAAGCUGGUGACAGUUCAAGGAAAAUUCCGCUUGCAGACAGACUUUCUCUCAGUUCCUGGUGCUGGUCGACUUUUCCUGCUUUGUUUUGUUUUCUUUUCCACCUUAUCUGCUGUCACAGAAACCGUAUUUCAUGAGAACUGCCUACACACAUCAUUGCUGGGUGCUGUAAGGGCAGGGCGGUCAGAGCUGCAGGUCCCACACGCAGUGACUGCACAGCGCCGGGGCUCCUCUGCACUGCGCUGAGAGCUGCUGCUGAGUGACAGCACCAGUGUGAGCAUGAGAAGCAGCCAAACUGCAAAGAACGCGCUGGCGAAGGCUCUGUAUGACAACAAGGCAGAGUGCUCAGACGAGCUGGCCUUCCGUCGAGGGGACAUCCUGACAGUGCUGGAGCAGCACGUCGUCGGCAGCGAGGGCUGGUGGAGGUGCUCACUGCAUGGACGGCAAGGCCUGGCUCCUGCCAACCGCCUGCAGCUCCUGGCGGGCCCACAAGCCCUGCCGCCUCCUGCCAUCCCCAGCGAUGCUCCAGAGCCACCCGUGGCCCCGCAGAACAUCUACCAGGUGCCAUCUGUGCCCAAGGGCACUGCGUCAUCCUCUACCUAUGAGAAGAUGGAGGGGUGGGUGACGCCGCCGGCUCGGGCUGCUACCCUGCCUGCUCAGGGGGUCUACCAGGUGCCGGCUUUGGCUGCACAGCUGCUCAGUGAGAGGACACGGAGCUCCAAGCAGCAGCACCUCUUUACUCUCCCGAGGGCGUGCCGGGCUUCAGUGCCAAACAUCACCAGUGAGGUGUAUGAUGUCCCGUCCAUGCAGAGCCGGGAGUCCCUGCUCACACAGAGUGGUGCCACUCCACCUGCAGCACGAAAGGGCUCUGUGCUGAUCAGAUCUCCCAAGUGCUUCCAGGAAGAGCAGCAGCUGUACAGCGUCCCAUCCAGCUCAGAGAAGGCUGGAGCUGUUAUCCAGGAUUCAGCAGUGGGCAACUUGUAUGAUGUCCCUCCGAAAAGAGAAACUGAUGCUUCAGAGAAGAAAUCUCAGAAGAAGUUCUGGGGUCACUGUAACACCUUGCCAAAUCCUCGGAAGUCAGAAUGGAUUUAUGAUAUUCCAAUAUCACCUGAAAAAACAGGAUUAAAACAAAACUCUUCUGUCCAUUCCGUGGAGAACCAGGUGCUAUAUGAUAUACCCCCAGCCAGGUACAAGGCACUAACAACAAAUGCUGAAGCCAACGUUGUAAAUCCAGAGUUGUAUGAUAUUCCACCAACACAACGGAAAUUAACAUUUCCAGAUGUCCCUCUUUAUGACGUUCCAUCCUCAAAGGAUGUUCUCUUGCAGCAGAAUGGUAGCUGUGAUGUACCCCCAAGUCUCCUGGCUCCAAAUGCUGAGAAUCAGAUUUCUGGAGGAAAUGUCUAUGAUAUCCCAAAAUGUUUGCCCACUGCUACACAAUCCAUGAAAGAGAUGGAAAAAAACAGCAACUGUUCUGGAAACCAGGCAUACCAUGUUCCCCCACAGCUCUCGAGAGACACCAAACCAGAACACGACAGAUUAUCUGUUUCUAGUGUGGACAGCAGAAACAGCAGCCUUUCUACGUCCUCAAACUCUUCUUCUGAGUCUUCUUCUGUGUCAUCAUCAGAAGAGCCUGCCAAAGAAAUUAAGCUGGACCUUGAGGUGGCCAUAGAGACGCUGACUAGAUUGCAGCACAGUGUAUCCAGCUCAGUUGCAAGUUUAAUGAUCUUUGUGAGCAGUAAAUGGAGAUUACAAGAGCACCUAGAGAAAAACAUUGAAGAAAUCCAUAGGGCCAUUGAUCACAUAAAAGUGUCACUUGGAGAAUUCUUGGCCUUUGCUCGAGCCUUAAAGGUAAAUGCAUCCUACCUCACUGAUAAUAACCUUCAGAUCAGAAUUAAAAAACAGCUAGAAAUUCUGAUGAACUCAUUCCAGAUCCUGACAGAAACAAGAGAAGCUCUAAACAACUGCAAUUGGUCCUUAGAGGUUUUGGUCCUCAAGAAACCCUACAACAACCCAGAUGACCUCGAUCGCUUUGUUAUGGUUGCCCGCACGAUUCCAGAUGAUCUCAAGAGAUUUGUAUCCAUCAUCAUUGCCAACGGAAAGCUUCUCUUCAGAAAGAAUGAGCAGGAGCAAGAACUGAAGCAACAAAGAGUGAGCCCAGAAUACAAAAUGCCAAAACAAAUCACGGCACCAAGAAGAACAGGAAUAGAUUCGCUUCCAGUAAAUGCUCCUGAUAAACCCAACUCAAGUCAAGGCAGUAAUGAGACAACAAAAGAAAAUGUCACUGAGGACUGUGAAUACGUUCAGCUACAGGCACAGAAAAUAAUUUCUGGCCAAGAAGUGUCAAAGAAGAGCACAGAUUCAAAACCAAAGGUGUUGCCAUCUACAAAAAAGAAUGCAGUUCGAAGCCAGCAAGAUUCUGCCAAAAAAAUUGUUGUUCCAGAGCAGUGCAGGCUGUGUUUCGGUGCCCUUCACAAAGCCAUUGCUGUGUUUAAUAACAGCCUGAGCAGUAACCAGCCGCCUGAAGUCUUCAUAUCCCACAGCAAAUUGAUCAUUAUGGUGGGGCAGAAGAUAGUGGAUUCUCUCUGCCAGGAAACACAACUGAGAGAGGCUCGGAGCGACAUUCUCCACAGCAGCAGCCGGUUUUGCAGCCUCUUGAAGAACCUGGCUCUCGCCACCAAAAAUGCUGCAAUCCAAUAUCCCAAUGCAGACGCAAUGAGGGAACUUCAGAAUAAAAAUGAUGAGCUGUAUAAAUACACACAGCAGUUUAGAGCAAUGUUAGAAUGAGAGUGACUUCAGUUCUUAGAACUGUUAUUAGUGUUUUGAACAAUGGUCAAAACUUGAAUUUCUGUGUUGUUACAGUUCUUUCUUCACUCCCUUGGCAGCCAAAGGGCACCAGCAGCUCAGUGGUGCCGACCCUCAGCCCUCCCAAGCACCCCUGCCAAGCAGUUUCCCUUGGGCACUUCUGCAUCUCUAGCAGGUUAAGACCCACACAACAGCAGAUGCAGGAGGGAUGUGUAGAAUUAAAUGUGUGCUUCCUUUCCUGCCGUUCAGACCUUGUCUAGAAAUGUUGUCCUCUUUCUGUUUGGGUGGGAUUUUUUUGCUGAGUAUUUCAGCAAAUUAUUAACUGUUGUUUAUUUUUUAUUUUUUAUUUUUUUAAUUUCUACACAAGUCAAAAAUAUAUUUCCCUGUUCUUUUUUUUACUGAGCAUGUAAAGCCUUUCUUUAUCUGCACACCUUUCUGUAAGCUGCGAUAUAUUACUGUGUGUACCAUCAUCAGCAGAUCCUGCAGCACUCGACUCGAAUCUGUUUUUGAUUUUUUUUCCCCAAGAGCCUUACCUUUGCAGCUGUUCGAUGUUCAACGUAAUGAACACAUCACAGGACAAACCACGUCUCACUGCUGUUAAUCAGAAAUGCUCCGGCUGCUGUCUGAGCACGGAUAGAAGGCGUGCAGAGUUCUGCUUCUCCAUUCCCACAGCUCUGGGAUUGCAGCUCCAUCACUGCCCGAAGCCUCCAAUGUAUCCCACCGUCUCUCUAAUGUCUGUCAUCGUCUGUCACCUCCUCUGUCCCCAGACCUGCUGCUCUGAAGCAGCAGUGAUGUGAGCCCCGUGAGCAUCCAUACGCGCUGUUCCUAUUCCUGUGCUGCUUGUAUUUAUCUUGACUAAUUUAUUUAAAAGUUUUAUCUGAAUUUUUAAAGUCUGGCCUUUCUUGGUAGCUGUGUACCUGUGUAUCUGUAUUUUCACUCUGACACGGGCUGGGUAGAUUUGUAUUUGCUGCUAUCAUUUGUGUAUGCGCAAAGAACAGCUCCAUCGCUGUCACGCUGCAGUCGUGUUUUGUACGGUUAUUUAAAUGCCGGUACAGAACCGUGGGAGAGCUUGGGUUGGAGGGGGCACGUCUGGUGUGGCCGCGAAUUCCCCGAAAUGUGCGCCCAGAUUUCUUCACGUAAAUAAAUAAACCGACGCGCAGCUCAAUGAAGAAAAGCGGCUUCGGGCACGAAGGGGGCUGAGGGCGCCCCCUGCUGGGUGCGGCGAUGCGCUCUGCGGGCGGCCCGCUGUGAGUCCCGCCCUCUGCUGCUGAUUGGUGAGCGGCCGCUGUGACACUUUCGGGGUAGACCGGAAGUCUUCGGCCGGAAGUCCUCAACCGGAAGUCAAAAACCGGAAGCUUGUGGUCUAUCGGGAAGAGAGCACGGAAGCGUAGCGAGAUGGGAUGCGAUGGCGGCACCAUCCCCAAGCGGCACGAGCUGGUCAAGGGGCCUCGCAAAGCCGUCAAGGUUG